AAUGGUUUAUUCAUUUUCUCAGCGCAUAAAGGAACACCUUGUCCUUCAGUUUAUUAGAGACAUUGUUCAUCAGCAUGUUUUUGAGAUUCAAGGUUUCUUUGGGGACAGGAGGGGUAUGAAAAGGUGUAGUCUGAAAAGUAACUAAGUACAGCUGUCAGAUAAAUGUAGUGGAGUAAAAAGUAAAUACCAGGAGUAGAAAGUUACAUAUAAUGAACUUGUGUGAAGAACAUGUGCCUCGAAUCUACUUUGAAAACACUUUCUGAAAACAAUGAAAUGCCUGUUAAAAAAACAAAACAACAACAACAAAAUCCAAGUAUCACAAUAUGAGAGUGAUGUAACUUGACAAGAGAGGAAACACAUAUCAGUAAGAUGACUUUGCAUUAAUGUAAACAACAAGUGUACUCUGGAAAAAACUUUUGUAACUUUUUUGUGUAGCCCAAACCUGAAGGUACUCGAGUAAACGUGGAUACUGAGUUACACACCUCCACUGAAAGUUACGUGGUUAACUUUUGAGAGCUCUGACAACGGGACAGGCCUGAGGGGGCUCGUGACACGUGAGCUGCGUGCACACGCAAUAAAUAACACGCCUCCCCGAGAGAGUGGAUGAAGGAGGAAAAAAGGGCGGCGGUCCAGGCUGCGUCCCAUUCCUCUCAAAACACAUGUCCUCGUUCCUCCCGUGGUUUCCUCGCGUCUCUCCGCGAAGAGGGGUGGGGGAAACGUGGGUGCAAUUUAAGAUAAAUAGGAUACACCCUCUUUUCCCUCAACCCCGAGCCAAACAUGCCGAGGCACUAAGAGGGUGUGGGCCAGUCUGGUGGUAGGCGGGUCUGCGUCCUCCCCUCUGAGAUAAUCACUCCAGGUCUUGUUUCCUACUGAGUUUUCCGCGUAUCAACAGCAACAUGCCGGGCACCGUCAAGAGCCUCAAAGUCACGUACAACCCGAUCAAUGAGAGCGACACGUUCACCAGCGGGGACAGCGUGUCGGGCCAGGUGACGCUGGAGGUGGCCAAGGACUGCGAGGUGGACUCCCUGCUGGUGAAGUUUAAGGGGAAGGCCAGCGUGCUGUGGUCGGAGAGGCACGGCCAAGUCACUGUCGUGUACUCGUCCAAGGAUAAGUACUUCAGCAUCAAGCACUACUUAAUCCAAGACAAAAACCGCAAAGAUGACGACCGAGUGCUGCUGACAACCCAGAGCGAAGAGACAUACAACAAUGUUCUCCCUCCAGGUGUCCACAUUUACCCAUUCACCUUCCAGAUCCCUUUCCAGGAGAUGCCUUCCUCCUUCAAGGGCUCUGUUGGUAAAAUUGUGUACUCGCUGGAAGCCAGGCUGAGCCGAUCACUGAGGAUUGACAAGACGGACACAGUGAAGCUCAACUUUGUGUCGAACGCAGACAUGAGCGCCGACCCUCAGCUAAUGGAACCGCAGCACGAGACUAAGGAUAAGAAAAUGAAGCAUUUCAACUCAGGAACAGUAGCCAUGGAUGUGGAUCUUGAAAAAACAGGUUUCCGUCAAGGAGAGGGAGUGAAGGUUGUAGCCUGCAUUCAGAACAACUCGUCCCGUCCAAUCAAGCCCAAGUACUGUUUGUACCGCAAGCAUAGCUUCUUUGCACAAGGGAGGAGACGGCUCGAUACUAAAGACCUCCUGAAAGAGGUGGGAGAGCCCAUCCCUCCUUCUGCUAGUGAAAAAGUUACAAGAGUCAUCACCAUCCCACAUGACAUGGAGCCCUCCAUCCUCAACUGCAGCAUCCUCAAAGCAGAGUACAGAGUCAGGGUCUACCUCGAUGUGAAAUAUGCCACAGACCCAGAGAUCAAAUUUAACAUCAUCAUCUUGCCGGCCGCUCAGGUUGCUGCUGCUGCUGCUGCUCCGCCACCUGCUGCCUAUGGCUUCGGAUUCGCACCGUCAGGGAACACAAGUUCAGCUUGGGGCACCGUACCAGCAGCACCAGCAGCAGCACCCCAACCUUUGGACCCCCCACCUCCCUAUGAUGCAUAUGGAAUGUACCCCACUAUGACAGAUUCUGGCAAUAGAGUUUAGUAAUUAGACUGAAGAUACUUUGAUAUUUCUCACGAUGCUAGUAUGAGAAAUAGCUUUUUUUUUUUUUACUAUUUAGGGCUUUAUGUAGGCUUUAUUUUUAUAUGCUUUGUGGUUACAGCAACAGUAUAUUUAUUGCUGCCAUGUCAUUUCAUAUGGUCCAUUUUUGUCCAAUAAUCAAGCACUGUUAUGUAUUGGGACAGUGAUGGUAAACUGUGUCGCGUCAUUUCUGUAAUAAUCUCCGUUACGAAUAGUGGUGAAGAAGGGAUCCUUGCUGAAUUUCAGAUAUCCGCGGCAGUAUUUUUGCAGAGGGAAGAACAAUGCGGUUACAUCCGUGUGUCUAGUGAGAAGAAAAGAGUCGUAAAUAUUGUUGAAAACAGGCAGGAUGUCAUGAAAAAACAGCUGUCCUGUUUCAGAUAGUUCCGUGGUACUUUCUGUAUGAUCUGCGCCACCGCGUUUCUACAGUAGCCAAGAAGGGACAAACCAAGCUCUGGAGGACAACCCUCUGUGUUUCCUGGCAGGGUGAGGGGAGGAGUAUUUCGAAGCGCCCCUCCUGUGCUAGAGAAUGGAAUCCAUGGAUUACAAUUUUAGUGGUUUUUUUUUAUCAUUACAAUUGUUACACUUGAUGCAGCUGUUUGUUGGUUUGGUUGUUUGCCAUUUUAAAAGAGGAUAUUUUUUAACACUUGCAGAGGCGUGUUAUCUUGCACUAACCACCAGCGUUACCUCAAUCAACCAAGGUUAUAAAAUGUUUGCUUGAACUUCGGCCACCAUUUUGUACCCCGACAACUAGUCACUGUUUAAUUGAUCUGUAGGCAGCCAUGUUUUGAAUAAAUGCUUUUUAUAUCUUAUUGAA